GUAAAAAAGAAAAUAAAAAAAAAAACACGAUUUUUUCAAAAUUUCUCACUCGUCCUCUCAAUCUCUCUCUUUUUGCGCGUGGUCUAAUAAAAACCCUAAUUUGCUAAACACCUUACUUUCUUUCUCCCAUUUCAACAAUUUCCUCUGUAUUCCGCCAUUGAAGAGAAGCCCUCAACUCUGUGUUGUUAAUGGCGACAGAGCGUGAGGAGGUUCGUUACGAAGGAGGAAGAGGUGGGAAGUUCCAGAAAAGGCCCAUCAGAAGGUCGCAUACGACGCCGUAUGAUCGACCGCCGACUGCUUUGAGGAACUCUGCCGGAAAAGGAUGGCUUUCUAAGCUUGUCGAUCCGGCGCAGAAGCUCAUCACCUCCAGUGCGCAUAGGCUAUUUUCUAGUGUGUUUCGUAAACGCCUUCCCCCUCCGCCGCCAUCAUUGCCACUUUCUCGAGAGGCUAAUGAUGAGAUGGAAAAUAGGAAUCAGGAAGAAGUUGCAGCUGAUCCUCCUGUAACUCAAGAAGGGACUAAUGUGGAUUUUGUUCCAAGCAUCAAUUCUAAUAACACACAUGGGGUGAGUGACCUCGAGAAAAUUUUGAAGGAGAAGACCUUUACAAGAUUUGAGAUUGAUCGCUUGACUGAGCUUCUGAAAUCUAGAGUUGCUGACGUUCCAAGUGGAGUUGAAUCGGGGAAACUUGAACAGGUCCCUUCUACCCCUGUUAUCAGUUAUGGAAAACAGGAAGGAUGUCCAAAAUUUCCAGCUCAGAGUCAAGAUGGAGUUAGCCCUCAUAUGGUUUCAACUCAUGUUGUGAGUGCAAAUGUCCUCGAUGAGGAUGUUGCUUCACCUGCAGAGAUUGCAAAAGCAUACAUGGGCAGCAGGCCUCCAAAAGCAACUCCGUUGAGUAUGGCGUCCCAUAGUCAAAAGUUUGGGGAUGGUUUUUCUUUAGGCAAUCCUUCAAAAUCCCCUACUUUAUCUCUCAUGCCAAGGUCUCCUGGAAAUUUUGAUGUUGAAAAUGGUUUUGUCACCCCGAGAUCCCGUGGUAGAUCUGCCCUGUAUAGUAUGGCUCGCAUGCCAUAUUCCAGAGUUCGUGCAACCCCCAGCAUAAAGAAUAGUGUAGCAACAACAGAUGCUUACAGGGCCACGUCCUCAUCAUCUCAGUCAGCCUGGGGACAAGGGAGACUUUUGGGGUCUGAACAAGGGGCUUUAAAACGCCGAAACUCAGUUUUAGAUGAUGAAAUGGGAUCUGUUGGUCCUAUCCGAAGAAUUCGUCACAAAUCCAAUCACCUUUUCCCAAAAGGUUUGAGUUUACCGAGCAGUUCCACUUCUAUUCCAGUAAGUGGAAUUGGUUCUGAGACUUCUCAGCAUUUGCAGUCUACAAAAGUACAUCCAUUUUCGUCUACUGGUGGGAAGGGGCUUUAUUCAAGUGAGACCAAGCGUAACUUGUCCAAAAUGUCUGCAGAGUCCGAAAAUGAUAUGAUACCUAGUUCAAGUUUUCCUCAAAUUCCCCUCAGGUCAAGUGAGAUGGCAUCAAAAAUAUUAGAGCAGCUUGAUAAAUUGACCCCUCCAAAGGAAAAAUCUUCAGAACUAAAGCUGCUUAGUGUGAGAAAUAACUCACCCUCAAAGUUAUCACCAUCAAUGUUGCAUGGGCCAGCUCUUAGAAGCCUGGAAGAUGUGGAUUCAGCCAAGUAUUUGGAAAAUGUUGAAGGCAUUCGGUCUAAUGAUGCCUGUGAUCUUACUUCAAAAAAGAAUGACAAGUUUGAGGAAAGCAGUCCGUUAAAAUUUAAAGUACCGAAUGAUAAAUCUAUUUCUACAGGUAAUGGUGUGGGUUCUUCAGUGCCCAAGGAGACGGUAUCUGGUUCUGGUCAGCAAGUUUCAUUUGUUGGCCCCUCCUUACAAACAAAAUGUGCGUUCCAGAUGAGUGCACAUGAGGAUUUUGUGGAUAUGGAUGAAGAAGGAUAUUCUAAUGGGCCAGUAGCUGAUAUAUCGAUUGAGAGGCAAGAAAAAGUUAACUCAUUAGUGGCAGUGAGUAAGCCGAAUAAUACUGAAGCCAUCACAGUAGAUAAACCUCAGGCUUCAAUUGAGGCUAAACCACCCACGGUAUCUGCAAUGAACAAAAUAAAUGACCAAGGAAAAUCCGAUGUUCCUGUGACUACUGAAAAGAGCCCCAUUUUUUCCUUUCCAACAACAUCUUCACCUAGCAUUACAGCCAAUGUGAUAGGUCCUGAAUCAAACAUGAGACCUGAAAAAAUUGCUUCGUCUGAGGUACCAAAAGCAGCUACUACCCCCAUAUUUGGCUUUGGAGAAAAGUUUCCAUCACAGAAGGAAGCAGUUUCUUUUGCCCCCACAUUUGCGUUUGUAAACAAGAUUACCACCUCAACCAAUGAACAAAAUGCUAUUCCUGUUGUAACUUCUGAAGGCAACGUUCAACCAACUCAACAGGCUUCUGCUCCUACCACAUUUAAAUUUGGAGAUAAAGCUACAUUUCCUAUACCAGCAAAUGCCGCUACAGAAAAUGGAAAUAAGAACGAAGGGUCUCCAUUGUUUGCAUCACCUUUAGUUAACGAAAAAGAAGGUGCUAAAGAAGGUGGCAGUGCUUCAGUUUUCAAAGCAGAGAGUUCUAGCAGCAGUUUUAAUUGCAGCAUUCCGUCAUUUGGAGUUCCAAAAGAGUCCAUGUCAGAGAAAGCUGGUGAUAAGAGUUCGAGUGCUGGUUUUGCAGUCGGUACAUCUGGGAGCUUGUUUUCGUCAUCUGUCUCAACAUCAAUAUCAACACCAACUUCGGGUUUGUUUUCUUUUAGCUCCCCUAGCACUAAUUCAAAUCUCAACAACGGAUCUCUUGUUUCUACCACUCCAUCUUUUCCCACCCCAGCCACCACUUUUUCGAAUAAUAUAACAAAUCAGAAUUCAUCCAUCAAACCAUCUUUCAAUGCUGCUGCUAGCAAUAGUGAACCCGUCACCACUACUAGUCUUCCUACUUCUUCUCUCAUGCCAUCCUUUUCGGCUGCACCUAUUUCCAAAUUUGGGAGCUCUAGUGUUCCUUCUACUUCUGCUCCGGCUCUAUCAGCACCAAGCGGAGUUGGAUCCAUCGAGUCCAAGACCAAGCAAGAGACAACCUUCGGCAAUUUAAGUGGUAUUCCUCCAAGCGACCUAUCGGCUGUUAAAGUAUCUAGUACUGGAAGCAGUGUUUUCCAAUUUGGAGCUGCAUCCACUCCUUCAGAUUCUAAUAAACGACCAGCAAAUUCAACUUUCACUCCAAGCAACGUACCUACAUUUGGUGCUUCGUUUUCACCUGUUAGUAGUGGGCUUGCAUCUUCUACUCAGAGUACACCUGUUUUGCAGUUCAAUUCAUCAUCUACAUCAUUUGGUUUGACUGGGAAUACGGGUUUGGCCUCUGGCAGUUCUCUGUUUGGUUCUUCAGCUCCAGCAUCUAAUUUGUUCGCUUCAGGCCCGACUUUUGGGCUUGCUUCCUCCAGUUCCUCUGUUAAUAAUUCUGUCAGCUCCAGUGCUGGUACUAGUUCUAGCUUCUUUAACUGGCAGCCUUCCUCCACACCAUCAUUUUCUACUGGCUUCAGCUCGACUCCAACUGGAGGAUUCUCGUUUGGUCUUUCAUCUUCUUCCGCCGCUUCUAAUAGUGCACCUGUGCUCUUUGGAUCAUCAUCAACUGGUUCAUUAACACCCUCGAUGUUCUCAUUUACUUCAGCUGCAACUGCGACAACGUCGCAGCCUGCCUUUGGUAAUUCUAAUCAUGGCUUCACCUUUGGUUCAACACCUCCUGCUAAUAAUGAUCAAGCAAAUAUGGAGGAUAGCAUGGCUGAGGAUACUGUCCAGACAGUCACAUCGCCUAUGCCUAGUUUUGGGCAACAGCCCCUCACGCCACCUCCAUCAUCGGGGUUUGUGUUUGGUUCAACAGCUCCUCCGCUAGGAGCAAGUCCUUUCCAAUUUGGUGGUAGCCAGCAAAAUGUACCUACCCCACAGAAUAAUCCCUCCCCAUUCCAGGCUUCUGGUAGCUUAGACUUCAAUGCCAGUGCUGGAGGGAGCUUCUCCUUGGGUGCUGGUGGUGGUGACAAAUCGAAUCGAAAAUUCGUGAAAGUUAAAAGCAAAUCAAGAAAGAAGCCAUAGGAAUUGAGAGAAGGUAUUCCGUUUUUUUUCAUGUUACUAUAUCCCAGUUAUUUUUCAUUUAGGAAAAUAUUAUAAUUACCAUCUCCGUCACAUUGAUAACUGGAAAGAGGAGGGGUGGAGGGGUAAGGGUAUCAUUUGUCACCUGGAUUGUUUGAUUUCGACAUGAUACGAGGAGGCGUUGAAGCCAAGAAUUGUUGGUUUUGGCCUUCUCGUUUAGCAAAUGCUUCGGUUGGCAAAAUUUUUCGUGGUUUGGUUGGUGGGAGUACAAGUUGAGAAAUUUUGUAUUAGCUUUAUUAGCAAAGUGGAAGAACAAUCUGUGUACUGUAGUAAGUAGUCUGUCAAUGUUUUUGAGGUAACAACCAUCAUCUUCUAUGUGGCUAUGGACUCAGUUUUCCUGUAAUCUUUUAUUUGUAACAUAAGAAAAAGGAAAUAUAUGCUGUUGUCCAAGGAAGCAUCAUUUGUUGCUCUCCUCAUCAUUCUUCUUCCUCUCCAUUUUUUAAAUAUGGAAGUUUUUUUCCUUUGUU